GACUGGAACCUGACCUGGUACACCCCCCACCCAGACCUGACCCAGUGUUUCCAGCAUACGGUCCUGGUGUGGUUCCCCUGUAUGUACCUGUGGUCCUGCAGUCCUCUCUACCUGGUCUACCUCUGGUUCACUGGCCAGGGAGGCAUCUCUCUGACCAGCCUCUGUUGUGCCAAAACUGUGCUGGGUCUGUGUUUAGUAUCCUUUGGCUUCCUAGAGGUGUUCUACGUGCUGGUGGAGAGGAGUGCAGAGAUACACCAACACAUGGUCUUCCUGCUUAGCCCUGUUAUACGCAGCCUUACUAUGCUCCUGGCAGUGUGUGUGAUCCAGUGGGAGAGGAUGAAGGGAUGUCGUUCAUCUGUUCUUCUCUUCCUCUUCUGGACUCUGGCAGUGGUCUGCUCCCUCGUUCCACUCAGAGACAACAUACAGCAGAUCAUAGAAGAGGGGUUCUUCACAGACGCGAUGCGCUUCAUAGCAUUCUUCGUCUACUUCUCCCUGCAGCUGACCCAGCUCAUCCUCAGCUGCUUCUCUGACCAACGCUCCUGUACAGACACACACACCUACAGACAGAACCCCUGUCCAGUGGAGGACGCCUCUUUCCUCUCUAAGAUGCUCUUCUGGUGGUUUGGAGGGUUGGUUAUUAGGGGUUAUCGUACUCCCCUGCAGGCAGAGGAUCUUUGGUGUCUUAGAGAAGAAGACACUUCCGACUGUAUCAUAGCAGACCUGGAGAAAGACUGGGCCAGGGAGUGUACUAAACUACAACAAAUGGACUGUAGUCUGUCUGACUGCCGUCCUACAGGCCCUAAACUGACAGAACAGACCCAGCUGUUGAAGAAGCUGAGACAAGAACAGAACUCAGGGUUCUGUCUCUUCAGAGUUCUGGCUCGGAGCUUCGGACCUUUCUUCCUCAAAGGGACCCUCUUCCUCAUCUUCCACGACGCCUUCAUGUUCUCCAUACCACAGGUGCUCAGCCUCCUCCUGGGGUUCAUGAGUGACCAGGACAGCGACCUGUGGAAGGGCUUCAUGUUCGCCUUCCUGUUGUUCCUCCUGUCCAGCCUCCAGUCCCUGUUCAACCAUCAGUACAUGUACUCCUGCUUCACCGUGGGAAUGAGGGUGAAGACCGCUGUCAUGGGCCUGGUCUACAGGAAGUCUCUAGUGAUCAGCAGUGCAGCGCGGCAGUCCUGUACCGUGGGACAGAUUGUUAACCUGGUGUCGGCCGACACUCAGAAGCUCAUGGACAUGGUGGUGUAUUUCAACGCUGUGUGGGUGGCUCCCAUUGAGAUAGCUCUCUGUCUCUUCUUCCUGUGGCAGCUUCUGGGUCCGUCAGCCCUAGCCGGCAUCGCCACGGUGAUCCUUAUCUUUCCUCUCAACGGCUUCAUCGCCAAGAUGAGGAGCAAGCUGCAGGAGGUCCAGAUGCGGUACACAGACAGCAGGAUCAAGCUGAUGAAUGAGAUCCUGAGUGGGAUUAAGAUCCUGAAGUUCUACGCCUGGGAACAGGCCUUCCUGGAGAGGGUUCUGGGUUACCGGGAGAAAGAACUCAAUGCCCUGAAGAGAUCCCAGGUCCUCUACUCCAUCUCCAUCGCCUCCUUCAACUCUUCAUCGUUCCUGAUAGCGUUCGCCAUGUUCGGCGUCUACGUCCUCAUCGACGAUAAGAACAUCCUCGACGCCCAGAAGGUGUUCGUUUCCAUGGCUCUCAUCAACAUUUUGAAGACGCCACUCAGCCAGCUGCCCUUCGCUAUGAGCACCACCAUGCAGGCCAUUGUCUCCCUGAGGCGCCUGGGAAAGUUCCUGUGCCAGGAUGAGCUGAAGCCUGACGACGUAGAUAGAGAACCAUACAGCCCUGAUGGUGAUGGGGUGGUGAUAGACAGCGGUACGUUUGGCUGGUCUAAGGAAGGUCCUCCCUGCCUGAUGAGGAUCAACGUGAGGGUGAAGAAGGGGUCUCUGGUAGCUGUGGUGGGACAUGUAGGAGGUGGGAAGUCCUCCCUGCUAUCAGCCAUGCUUGGGGAGACAGAGAAGAGGAGUGGUCACGUCUCAAUCAAGGGCUCUGUGGCCUAUGUACCUCAGCAGGCGUGGAUCCAGAAUGCCACCCUGAAAGACAACAUAGUGUUUGGUCAGGAGAGGAAGGAGAGCUGGUACCACAGAGUGGUGGAGGCCUGUGCCCUGCUGCCAGACCUGGAGAUCCUGCCUGCUGGAGACGGCACUGAGAUCGGGGAGAAG